AUUUUGCUGGAAAGUGCAAUGGGGAGAAAGCAAAGGAAAAGGAAAUUAAACAGCCCUAAAGAGAGAGGGAAAGUGAAAUCAAUCCUCAAUCAAAUAGCAUAUACAGACAUGCCACACUUCCAGAUCUAACCUACGUUCCCAAAUGUCCAACAUUCCCACCGCCGGCUAUGGCACCAUCGCCGGCGCCACCACUGCCACUCCGCCGACCACCACCACCACCUCCUUCGUCACCCCUCGGCCAUGGCGCGAGUUCCUGGACUUCUCAGCCCUCUCCCGCCCCUUCUCCUACGACGAUGCCAUGAUCCGACUCCGAAGAAAUCUCAGCUACUUCCGCUACAACUACGCCGCCGUAACACUACUCAUCGUGUUCCUCAGCCUCCUCUGGCAUCCCAUCUCCAUGAUCGUCUUUCUCCUCGUCUUUGUUGCCUGGUUCUACUUCUACUUCUCUCGUCACGGCCCCCUCGUCGUGUUCAACCAAACCCUCGACGACAGAGCCGUGCUCUGCGGUUUGGCGUUUAUCACUGUCGUCGCGCUCGUCUCCACUCACGUUGGCCUCAACGUCUUGGUGUCUUUGAUCGUCGCCGUGGUGUUCGUUGGCCUGCACGGUGCGUUUAGGGUUACUGAAGAUUUGUUUCUCGAGGAGGAAAGUGGGUUGCUUUCCGUUGUGGGAACUCAGCCUCUCAGAACUAAUUAUACCCCCAUUUGAUUACAUUCAAUUCCGCCACCACCAUCGGGUUUUUGAAUUUUUCUUUUCCUAGUUUGAGAAGUAUAAAUGUGCAAUUGAGAAAGGCAGGGCUCAAUUUUCGAAGCUGGGUACUUGGUUUUGAAGAGUAGUCGCGAAUCGCAAGUGUGUUAAUUUCCUGAGUGGGGAUGGGUUUGUAACUGUGUUUGUGGGGAGGCAUUGAUCAACAUUGAAUUGGGUAUUGGAAUUAGGUGUGGCUUUAUCGAUUUCUGUCAUAGAGGCACGACGAUUUUCCGAGGAUAAAAAUUUGUUCCCCAUGGAGCUAUUUUGCUUAUUUAUCAGUUCCUUGUUUACAUUCUAUUUGAUAAGUUUGGGUCUCUUUCUGCA